AUGGUUAAGGAAGAUCGGAAAAACCACCACUGUCGCAGUACAUUCAAAACUUCUACUAUCAGAGUUCAAAAGGACGUAGAUCUCAAAACAUGUUUCUUUAUCUAUCGUCAGAGUAAAAAUACUAAGACUAGCGACACUAAUGGCACCAGAAAUGCAGGUGACAGUGAUGGUAACGAAGACUUCAAAACAGAAUACACUAACAAUACAAAGAUGAUGACCGCCGACAUUGUAUCAGCCAUAGAUCAAAAUGAAGUCAGCUGUCCACGUUGUAGAUAUAUAAUGCAUCACGCACAAAAAACAGUGCGACAACUCUCAGUUGCUGAGAGAAUUUUUCCGAAUAAUAUUUGCGAACAUUGUCAAGCAAAAGCAAAGGAUCCAUUCCCAAAGACGAAAGAAGAGUUGGUUUACUCUAGGCUAAAAUCGGAGGGCAAACUAUUACGGCGAAGAAAAAAAGAAAAAAAUACGUUUGUAUCUUUAUCCAACAUAAGGCGAGACCUACAAAAAUCAAAACUUCCAAGAAUAGACCCUAGAAUAACACCGUUGAUAUCAUCAUUAAAAUUGGAUGACAAAUCAUUAAGCGAUGUCGAAUCACCAGUAAAUCAAGAUUCCAACAUUCUUAUGCCACCUAAAUACGAUGAUACGGCUUUAGAGGAAGAAUCUGGUAUUUGUAUAAAAACCAAAAAGGCCCAUGAUAAGAGAUUCUUUGCAGGAAAUAAAGAUGACGACAUGGAAAAGAAAAAACUUGACGAAAAGAGAGAAAAAGCUGAAACGCUAAACAAGAAGCAAAGAAAAGAAGGUAUUUUAGAUAGUUCUACAGGGGAAAAGGAAAAGUAUAGUAAAAGAAAGCUAUCAAAAACCUCCGAGACAGAACUUUCUAAAAUUGACGACGGUAUCAAUCAGGAUAAAAAAAAACGUCAGAAAUAUAAUGAUAAUGAGGCUUCAGGUAAGGAUAGAAAAGGGGUAAAUUAUGAAGAACGUACAUACAACAAGAAAAAAGAGAAUGAAAAUGAAAAAAUAGAUAAAGAAAAAACAUUACCUGGGAAAGGAUUGUCGUCACCUGGAAAAGGUAAAAAAAGAUCUGGUAAUGAUAUAGUAUCACCUAAAGACAUUUCAAAUAGGGAUAAAACAUUAUCGUUUCCGGAAGAAGGUUUACACAAAGAAGAAGAACAAAAUAAAAAAAAGUGGUACCUGGAACCUGGAAAAGAAAAAAAAAUGCCUGUCAAGGGAGAAGUAUUAACGGCAGUCGAAAAGCGAUUGCCGGUAUCUAAAAAAAAUUCUGAUAAAGAAGAAGCGUUAUUGCCAUCUAAACAAAUUUCUGAUAAGGAAAAAUCAUUAUCGCCACAUAAAAAAGGAUUACAGGAACAACAAGUAGAAAAUGAAGACAAGUCUUAUAAAAAAAAAGAAUUACCAACAUUUGAAAAGGAAUUAUUACAUGGAAAAAAAGAAGGAAAAUCGGAUGAAGAACAGAUAAGGUAUUUGGCAUCAGGUCAAAAAGAAAAACAUACCCUUGACGGGGCAAAGAAAGAAAAAUUGAAUAAUUCGAAAACCAAGAUUAACGUUAUUCCCGCUGAUGAUGAACUAUUGGUUGGUAAAAUGGAUAAAACCAAGCCUAAACCAUUAAAGAGCAAAAGCAUUACUCGACCAGCUGCAAUUAAACCGAGACACAAGAAACUAGAAAAUAUUGAAUCUCAAACCUAA